UUCUUUUGUCUGAUACUACUUGAAGUGGUUUGGUUGAUUGAAGCCCCCGAGUAGAGCCUCUCACGCCUCAAGCGCAAGCUGUUUAUGAUCAGACCAUGCUCCAUUGUUUAUUAUUUUCAAACCAUCAGAGAGUGCAGCACAUCCACCACCACAUGGAACACUCAACUGAGAGAACUGGCCAAGGAGGGUCUUUUCAGGGAGGGUCUUGAGCUUUACCGUCAAAUGCUACGAUCCAAUGCCUUCCCCAAUAUCUUCACCUUCCCUUUCACUUUAAAAUCAUGUGCAGCUCUCUCACUACCAUUUUCUGGGUCACAGCUCCACUGCUAUGUUGUCAAGACUGGUUGUGAGUCUGAUCCAUAUGUCCAGUCAUCACUGAUCUCAAUGUACUGCAAAUGCUCUUUAAUUGUGAAUGGUCAGAAACUGUUUGACCAAAGUCCCCAACCAAGAAAACUCACUGUGUGUUACAAUGCCCUCAUUUCUGGUUACACCCUUAAUUUUCAGUUUCCAAAUGCUUCGUUACUCUUUUGCCGCAUGCGGAGGAUUGGUGUUGCAUUCGAUGAUAUCACCAUGCUUAGCUUGAUCCCUGUAUGCACCCUUCCUGUGCACCUUGGCUUUGGCAUGUCUCUCCAUGCUUGAAAUGUUAAGUAGGCCCUCGACACCAGCCCAUCUGUUGGGAACUGUCUGCUGACUAUGUAUGUGAGAUGCGGGUCAGUUGAUCAUGCAAGGAGGCUUUUUGAUGCAAUGCCUAAGAAGGAUUUGAUCUCGUGGAAUGCUAUGAUCAAUGGAUACUCUCAAAAUGGACUUGCUACCCAUGUAUUGGAUCUCUAUCACAAGAUGGAGUGUUCUGGAGUGGAGCCUGAUGCCGUGACGCUUGUUGGAGUUCUGUCCACUUGUUCCCACCUUGGGGCUCACAGUGUUGGUUGUGAAAUUGAACAGAAGAUAGCAUGCAAAGGAUUGGGGUUCAACCUCUUUCUAACAAAUGCUCUGAUAAACAUGUAUGCCUGCUGUGGAAAUUUGACUCGAGCUCGCAGGAUUUUUGAUGACAUGCCAGAAAAAGGCAUCAUGUCAUGGACUGCACUCAUUGUUGGGUAUGGAAUGCAUGGACAAGGAGAGACUGCUGUGCAACUCUUCGAUGAGAUGCUGAGGACUGGAAUUUUUCCUGAUGGAGCAGCAUUUGUGAGUGUGUUGUCUGCCUGUAGCCAUGCAGGACUGAUGGAGAGAGGCUUGGAGUAUUUUUCUCAGAUGGAGAAGAAUUAUGGGUUGAAACCUGGCCCUGAGCAUCAUGCAUGCAUAGUCGAUCUUUUGGACCGUGCUGGCCAGCUUCAGCAAGCCAGGGAGCUUAUUGCAUCAAUGCCAGUAGAGCCUGAUGGUGCAGUCUGGGGUGCCCUUUUGGCUGCAUGUAAGACUCAUGGUAAUGUUGAGCUGGCAGAGGUGCCUUUCGAGCAUGUCAUUAAACUUGAGCCCACCAAUGUUGGGUACUAUGUGUUGCUGUCAAACAUAUACUCUGAGGCUAAGGACUUGGAUGGGGUAGCAAGGAUCCGAGUGAUGAUGAGGGAGCGGGAGCUCAGGAAGGAACCUGGGUGUAGCUAUGUUGAGCACAAGGGAAAGGUUCACCUCUUCUUGGCCGAUGAUAGGACUCAUCCUCAGACUAAGGAGAUAUACAUGAUGUUAGAUGGUCUGGAGGAUUUAGUGAAGGAAACUAAUGAUUGGAAGCAGAGCCCCAUAAAGAGAAGUGAGGGAGCAGGGAUACAUAGUGAGAAGCUAGCAAUCGUGUUUGGGCUUUUAAAUAGUCAUUCAGGGGAAGAGAUAGUUGUGAUGAAGAACUUGAGGGUAUGUGGGGAUUGUCACUUGUUUAUAAAGCAGGUUAGCAAGAUUGUGGAUCAGAAGAUUGUUGUCAGAGAGGCAAGUCGUUUUCACCAUUUUAGGGAUGGACUCGGUUCUUGCAAUGACUAUUGGUGAAGGUUGCUAGUUGAAGUCACAGCUAAAAUUGCCAUCUGUUUCAGUCUUCAAAAUACCAAAUCCUUGGAGUGGUGUCUUUCAGGUGUACAGAGACUGUCAAUGCUCACUGGAUGAUUUAAAUAACUUGGACUGACAAAGCAAUGGACUCUGUUCUUGCAAUGAGGGUGUUCUGCUGCUGAAAAAUUCUGUCAGUAGGUAGGGAUGGAAGCUGUAGCAAGAGGGCAUGUGGAGACUAUCAUU